AUGGCUGAAUCCAAUAAUCAUUUCGACCUCCUCCCUGUCGAGGUCAUAGAGAUUAUCUUCGGCUUUCUGCCCGACAUUGCAUCCCUCAGAGCAGCCGCCAUAACUUCGAAACGACUGCUGGCUGUGACAAGGGGUGCGAAGACGAUGCUCAUUACCCAGGUCGUCGUCAACCAUAUCUCACCCGAGCUCAUGCCAGAGGCAUGGCUGGCACUGGAGUCUGAGCGCCUCCGUCCCAACUCGAUCGAACAGGUUGACCAAUUCGCCGAGACACAUUUUCGAAAUCGGGAAGCCAACUCGCGACUGAUCACUCUGGCUGAGGGAAUGGCUAUGGAGAGGCGCCACGCAGCUGUCGAGUACUUCACAGCCAAGUGCUCCAAUGAUGCCCAGCAAUAUUUGCCAUUCUUGGGCAAACUGUCUGAGGAACAUUAUGGACGCUCAUUUCCUGAAUACAAAACCAAUCUUGUAGCGGACAUGACCAAGACUGAGCACGACCGAUUCGCAAGGGCUUUCUAUCUAAUCGAGGUUUGCUACAAAUUGCUCGGAUUUAUCUACACUCCCCUUCUUUAUGGCCAGGAUUACGGCGCGAAUGGCUCCUCCUUCUUACCCAUGGCGAAAAAGAGCUUUACUGGUUGGUUCUCUCACUCGGAGCUUGAACAAAUGGCUGUGGCUCAUGGAUAUCUGUAUGGCCUCAUCGAGACUAUCUGUGAGUAUCAAGUCUCACUUGUUUACCAUCAGUGCCAUUGA